UGAAUACCACAAAUUAAUUUUUAUCAAACACUAUCACGCAGAUACCUAUAUCCUGAUGAACAUAUGUUUUUACAGACCUUUAUCAAUCCUGAGGAUAUUUUAGAUAAACGGAUUAAGGUGAAAUACGAUGACCCGGAUGUGGAACGUUGUCGUAGGGCGCAUCGCAAUGACCUUGAGAGUAUCUUACCUUUCUUCGUCAUCGGAUUGCUGUACGUGCUAAUCAAUCCCAGCCCAAAAUUAGCCAUCAAUUUGUUUCGCGCCGUGGGUAUCGCCCGCAUUAUCCAUACUAUCGUUUAUGCUGUUGUUGUUGUGCCCCAACCAAGUCGUCUGUUGGCAUUUUUAGUUGGUGCAUUAGUAACCACCUACAUGGCUUUUCAGGUGGCGCUGACUGUACUUUAAGGGUUGAAGAAUUGGAAGAAACUAAAUUAUCGUAUGCUUAAAUAUUAGGGAGUGUCAAGAGAAUAAGCGUUUUUUUUUAGAUAAGAAAAUAACAUCCAUUAUUUUAAUUUAAAUUUUUGGUACUUCAGUGCAAAAAUGUAUUAAUGAUUACACUGAAAGGUGACGUUAUUAAACAAUUAAAGACAUAAACACAUUGCAAGAUUUUAUAAAAAAUUACUUGCAUAUGAAAAUUUCAAAAAAAAAAAAAUAAAGUU